UGCUGCUCGCUGGCGAUGUCGCGAGUCGAGUUCGCAUUUUAAUUCUGAGUGCAGCGUUGUAAAUAUUCAAGCGGCGCUUCGACUGGCGCUGACGAAUAUUCGUAUCUGUAUUGAAAGGACAGAGAAGAGUCGUAACAGCGCGCACAUAAACAAUGUAAAUGUGUGCGUGUGUGUGUGCAUAAAAUGCAAGUAACAAUAAGAAGAUGCACUUAAGAAGAACAUUCAAAAGUAACAAAGCUAUUGAAAGCAACGAGCAGGAAAUCGAGUUCUUCAUAAAAAUACAACCAACAAAGAGAUAAUUGCGAUUGCGUUUGCGGUUAGCUAACCGAAACUGGAAAAACCAACGGAAAUUAACGCCAGAUUGCAAUGUUUUUGUUUUACAAUCGACGCAUUUUUGUCAUUAUAAUAAUUGAAAUUCUGCUGCUGCUGCUGAGCUGCGAUGACAAUGGACAACCGACGCUGACCAAGUUGCCGACAACAGUUGCUGCCGCCACACAAUCGAAAAACUCAACAAUAUUGAAGCCGUAUCUACAGAUCAAGAAGCACGCCGUCACAAGGCUGGCCAUAACCAAUCCACAUGCAACCUAUUUACUGCAAUGCAAUCCCAUCAUAUAUCCCUAUGACUACUAUCAGGACGGCCUUCCUAUAUACUGCAGCUGGUACCGCAACGAUGAGGCCAUUGAACACCUGACCAUACGCAAGAAUGAGUUCUUCAUUUAUAAGAAUGGAACGCUGCGUCUGCCGCCCAAUGAGCGCGCCAACGGCGUUUAUCACUGUCUAAUUGAGUCGGAUGAGAUGAAAGUCAUAUCCGACAGCAUCACGGUCGAAUAUCCAGUUCUGAAACGUUUGAUUGUUGGCCAGCAGCAGAGUGCCAACAUAAGCGGUCUGGAGCAGCGGCCACUUGUGCUCAGCUGUCCUUUUUUCAGCGUGCCCGCCGCACGCGUCACCUGGUACUUUGGCAACGAGUCCCUGGCGAAUGACAGCAGCGCUUUUGUGUUGAACAACGGCACGCUUGUACUGCGACAACUGCGACUGGAACAGGCUGGCAGAUACAAAUGCGUGGCCCAGAACCAGUAUGCCAGCAGGAGCCACCGUCAGUUCGUGUGGCAGGUGCGUGUCGAGCCGCACGGCAGCGGGCUGCUGGGUGCGACGGCAACGCAACUGUUGCCCGCCUUCCAGAAUGCCACACUGUAUGUGCCCACUGGUGGCACAUUGCGGCUGCAGUGUCACGCCGUGGAGGACUAUGUACCCAUCGAAUGGUGGCUGCAGCAUCCGAACAACACCUUAUCCCAGCUGAGCAACAACAGCAUGACGCUAGAAAUAUCGAAUGUCAGCAUGGCCCGGCAUGAGGGCUACUUCAUGUGCACCACCCCCACCGACAGGCAAACGUUUCGUGUCGUGGUUACCGUACCGCCGAGAAUAGUUAGCACGCUGCCCGUGGAGCUUGGUUUUAUCAGUCUGUCGACAACGCUUAGGUGUCGCGCCGAGGGUAAUCCACGGCCCAGUCUAAGCUGGUACCACAAUGGAGCACCGCUCAACAGUUCCUACACACGCUACAUCAGCGGCAACGAGCUGCACAUACACUCAUUCGAUCCGGAGGAGGGGGGCAUAUAUCAGUGUUUUGCGCGGAAUGUGGCUGGCGAGGAUUCAGUCACCGGCGAGAUGCGCUUCAAGCGCCAGACGGAAGAGCCGAAUCCUCUGCAGAAUAUACGCUGCUAUCCGCACAGCUUUCACACCAUCAACGUCACCUUUGACAGCCGCACCUUGGAGUCCAUGUUCGUGGUGCACAUUGUGCGCAGCAAUCCGCAUCAGUGGAGCUCGUUUGCUCCCAUGAAACUUAAUCAUACCUCGUUUGUGGUGAUCUCAACCGGCCUGCCCAUCUAUCGUCCCUUUGCGCUGAUCACGCGCUUUCUCCUGCCCACCUCGGAGGUGCUUUCCGGCAGUAUAGUGCCGCAGCAGAUGAUGAUUAGUUCGCUCCGAAGUCCGGCCGUCGUUUGCUGCACCCAAGGCUUGCUGCUGCGGCUGGUGCAUCUGGGGAACGACACCUUUGUAAAGUGGUCGCAGGCGGAGCUGGACAACAAAAAGUACUUCAUACUGCAGUUCUCCAUCAAUCACACUCAUCCGCAUCCCGCCCAGCUGCUGGACGGACCACUCCAUGGCACUGUUACGUCCGUGGAGGAAAAGGCGGACGAGGUGCGUCGCCAGCUUACCAUCAUACGGCCCCUCAAUCAGUCAGCUGCUGCUACAGUGCUGCGCAAUGCGGAGCAUGAGGUGCUGGACAACGAGGUGGACGAUGUUACGCUCGAAAUGGAGGAGGACAUCUUUAGCUUAGUGGUGGACGCCAAUGUCACAGGUCUGCUUUUGCAGCACUUUAGUCGCAUCAAGAUGCGCGUUCUAAUCAUUACCAGCGAGAACGAGUUCCUCGCCCAGGACUUUCGCUAUGUACAGUGGAAGAUUAUCGAGAACGGCACAUCUGAUCAGUCGAACAUGUCCUUUCGCCUGAUUACCGUGGAGUCGCGCAUGCUGGCCUUUCAGUUCUUGGACAGCCUCAACGACACCUGCGUUUACGAGUGCCAUCUGCACGUCCAGUUGUCGCUGCGCAAACAGGAGCCCAAAUGCAAGGAGCGCACCAUUGUCAAUUCGAUGCUGCUUGUCAGCGGCCUCAGCGCCAAUGAGCGCUACAAUUUCCAUUUUUACAAUUGUAAGCCACAAAUCUUCUACGGCGAAAUGGAUGUGCAGACGCUGCCCGACCCACCCGGCACCAUCAGCAAUUCAGGUCUGGUUAAGCACAACGGUCUCAAGCUCGUAUGGGAGCCACCAGAGCAUCCCAAUGGACGUGUCCAUCACUACAAUAUACUCUGGACCUUGGGCAAUAUCACUCACGAAGCAAAUGUACUCGAGUGCCGCACCUGCUCCUAUAAGUUUCCCAACGUUUCGGAAACGGACAAGAUUCAUGUGGCCGUGCGCGUUGUUGGCGAAACGGGCGUCGGUGCACCCAUGUUCUUUGACCUGGUCAAUCAUCAUCAUCAUAUUUUAGAAACGGUGGAGAACAACUCGAAUCAUGAGGUUUACAGCGGCAUCGCCAUCGGCUCACUGCUGUCCACUGUUUGCGUUUUUUGUUUUGCGCUGUUCAUCAUAUUUCAGAGACGCCGGUUUAAGGCACGCGCCCAGGGCCCCACGCAUUUGACCACGCCGACGGACAUCAAUUUCGGCAAUCUGAGCAGUGCCUCGGGCAUGCCCGGCGACAGCGCUGGCGGGCUGAGCGGCAGCACACUGCAGCAGGACUGUCACGAGAUGCAAACACUGAUACCACGCUCCCGCUAUCACAUAGAGCUGCUGCCAGAGCACACGCUGGAGUAUCAGACGAGCACAGCGACUGCCGGCGCAACGUUGCCCAAUGGCAAUGGAAACGGUCCGACGUCGCGGCGUGCCGAGCAGGAGGCACAGCUGGAGCUGAGCAUUGCGGGCGUGCACAAUCUGUCACAGUUGCCCCUCUGCGCCAGUUCGCCGGAGCGCAAAACCGUGCAGGAUGCCAUGCUCCAGGAGGCCAAGGCCUUCUUCAUACCCUAUCGCCAUACGCCGCCCAACGCAGUGGCCUUGCAGGCAGCCGGCAACACCAACUCCAAUGCCAAUCACAAGCAAACUACCUCCAAGAACAGCGAUGGUGGCCUGGAGGUGGUUGUGCCGCCCAACUCGCUGCCGCUGGUGGCCACAGUGCCGGGCCUGGGCAAUGUGAGCAGCCGACGCAGCGGCAGCCUGAGCAGCAGCAGCGCCAGCAGCAGCAGCAGCGGCAGCAAAAAGCAAUUCCAUACAAAUUUUGCGCGACACUCGAAUUCCAAUGAUGGCAUCUGCCUGCUGGCUGAAGAGGAGUCGGCGGCGACGCUGACGCCAACAUCGGAGCACGAGUACGCGGGUGUUAGUCUCACCAAUGGUUUCAAGUUGCCCGCCGACAUGACAAAGCAAAUGCCAAGUAAAAGCCAAUACAGCAACAACAACAACAGUAGCAGCUGCAGCGGCAGCAGCAGCAGCAGCAGCAAAAACAAGAAGAAACCAACUGUUGUCCAGCUAAAGGAUCGCCAACAGCAGCAGCAGCCGCCGCCGCAGCAGCAUCCGCAUUCAUCCAUAGUUCCUGCCAACGGGCCACAGACGCAAUCUGUGACCGUUAAUAGCAAAAAGACGACGGCAAUGGCCAAACAGGCGUGGCCUGCGUCCACGGCUCUGCAUCGUCGUACCCAAGUCGAUCCAAAUGGCUGAUUCUGAGUUUGAGUUGUUGCCAUUGUUGUCGUCGCCUCGCCAAGCAAAAGUAUUCCAUGAAGCUACUACACACAAACACACAAUCACACACACACACUCAUAAACACAGACACACAGACACAUUCGCAGGUCGAAACAUUCCAAACGUUGUGGGAUCCCUAUACAUUUGCAUUAGUUCAGCAUAAGGAUACAUAAGUAUAUGCCUAGUUAUAUGAGUACAUUUUAUAAAUGUAUUUAGGUUCGAGAACCGAAGAUGAACUAUCUGAGAAUAUGAGUAUACAAGAAUAUGAGUAAAUAAGCAGCAUAUUUAUAUACAUUCAUA